AUGGACCAGCUCCAAGGUCACAACCAGCAGAAAAUGCGCCAGGCACCUGCCGCACCCAGGCGGUACGAUGGGCAAUCUGGCAAUCCUCUCUACGAUCCCGCAAACGGUGGCCACUAUGCUAACUCUACUCUCCAGGCGCCUCUGCUGCUGUAUAUCGCCGCCCAAGGCCAUGCGCCCGACCCACAGCUGUUCACUCAGUCAUGGCAGAACGUCAAUCAAGGGUUGACUGGUAACUACCGCGAUAUCCUCAAUACGUACUGGCAACAACAAGUCACCAAACUCGAGACCGAUGAACACGACUACAAGUUACAUCAGCUCCCAUUGGCGCGCAUCAAGAAGGUCAUGAAGGCCGACCCAGAAGUCAAGAUGAUCUCAGCCGAGGCGCCAAUAUUAUUCGCGAAGGGCUGCGACAUCUUCAUCACAGAGCUUACCAUGCGCGCCUGGAUACACGCCGAGGAGAACAAACGCCGCACACUCCAGCGAUCCGACAUUGCAUCCGCCCUGUCCAAGUCCGACAUGUUCGAUUUCCUCAUUGAUAUUGUCCCUCGAGAGGAGGCACACCCCCACAAGAGAAGUGGCGGACAAGGCGCCGCUCCUGUUCAGUCGUCAGCUGCACAGGUACCUCCUGGUGGCAUGCCCCAGCAAGUGCACGCCCAACACCAGAUGCCGCCCCCAGACUACGGGAUGGGGCAGCACAUGCAGCAGCAGGAGGACUUCCGUCAGCCGAACAUGUACGCAGGUGCUGUUCAAGCCGACCCAAGUGCUUACGGACAGCAACACAUGUUCGAUCAGGGAGUGUACGGCGGGUACCCCAUGCAGCAGCCUAUGUACCCUGUGAGUCAGCGAGGACCGGACCCUGCUGGAGCAGGCGAUCACCAAGGCUACCGCGGCGACGCCGAAGCAGAUGCUGAUGCUGAAGGCGAGAGGGAAGACUUUGGUCCUUGA